AUGAAUGAGAAAGUCAUCUUCCUCUCCUAUCUUCCUCUCCCAUCUUCCACCGAACUCGUACCUCUAUACCAAUCCUCUCCCACCGCAUCGCAACCACCGGCCAUGAUGGCUCCUGGUAAAGGCAAGAGUGACACGAAUACAGGAAUAAAUGAUGCCGCGCUCAUUCUGGACUACUUGCUCGUCCAUACUCUGUAUGUCUUGACCUUCUCACCCCCGGCCCCCAGUUCCAAGCCUGUCGGAGAACACAGAAUAAUCGAGAUUCAGGCUAUUGAUAUAUCGGCAAAUCUACACAAUAAGGUGUCCAAAGCCCAAGCUGCCAAGUUGCUGCGGGAAUUGCAUCAGAAUGGUGAGAUCGAAGGACGAACUGCAGGAAGGCAAAUUGUCUAUCAUUCCCUCCAGGAUCCCGUAGCCCUUGCUGAUGCGGGCGAUAUCGAAACUCUCAACCAGGAGAUUGAAGAAUGCCAAAAUCAGCUAUCUAUUACCAAAGCGGGCGAGAAAAAAAUCCGAGCCGCUUUAGUCGCUCUUCAAACAAAGCCUCGACUUUGCGAUCUUCGUCAGGAAAUUCAGAGACUCGACGAGGAGCGCGUCGCGCUCCAAGGCCACCUGAAUGCAUUUUCCGACAACGAGAAUGUCUUGAUGGCACCAGAGGACCGAGAAAAUCUCGAGAGACAGUGGAAACACUGGCAGCGACAGGCCAUCGUCCGCCGUCGACUCUGCCGGGAGUUAUGGAGGCAAUGCUCCGAAGUCUUGCCUGAAAAUACGACUUCCCAAGAGCUAUGGGGCCGUGCAGGAGUCCUUGGGGCUUGA